CACUCUUUGCCUCUUUACACUGCAAUCAAUACUACAACCCUUCACACACAAUUUAGAUAAAUCAAAUCAAAUCAAAUCUAAAACCGAAAAAAAAUAUGUCUGUGAAUAACGUGACUGUUGACCUUGCUCGACUCUCUUUUGACACCCCAGAGUCAGCCUACCUUUUGUCUACGCCUCUUCUGUCUGGCAGUCCAGCAGGAGACCAUUCUUCAGCCGCCAGUCGCUCUACAGCAGAUGUAUCACCAUCUAUCCGGGUUAUCAGAGAACAAACACCGCGCGGUAGAAAUCGCAACCGCCAAAUCGUACCUAGUGAUGAUGAAGAGGACGAUGAAGAGGAAGAAGGCAAUGAACAAGGAAGUUCUGAUGAUGAAAGAGGAAGACGCGGUAAUGCGCUCAGCCCUCUUCCAAGCCGUAACAAACCUACCUCUGGCGUGUCCACACCUUCAAAACCCGGCCGCAAGACUCAACCCCUUCCCAGUGAUGAUGAAGACAGUGAAGAUGAAGAUGACAGUGAGUCGGAGAAGAGAGGCCCUCGUUCAGGCCAGGCUCAGCAGCAGCAGCAGCAGGCGAUCUAUCGCUUGAACGGGACAGGUUCCAGCCCGACCGUAUACGGAGAACGUGGGUCUGCAGCACGGCCUCCGUUGCACCAACGCCACUCGGACAGCAGUUCCAACAGCAACCAGUCUAUUGGCAACAACGGUGGCGGUGGUGGUUACAUGAUGGGUCAAGAUGAUUACAACAACAAUCUCAACCUCAACAAUAAUAACCUCAGCCUUAACAACAACCUUAACCUUAACAAUAGUAACAAUAGCCUCAACCUGAACGGCAACGGCAACAACUACCAGCAAGAUGUGCAGUAUUAUGGCAACGGUGAGGAGUUUAUAGACGAUGAGGACAAUGAAGUACUGGGCCAACACAUGCGCCACCCCCAAGCUUUUGGUGCUCCAGAGGGUAGUCAUCUCCAACAACUCCAACAGAUGCAGCAAUACCACCAGGCCCAGUUGGCCCAAUUCCAGUACCACCAUCAGCAGCAGCAACCGCAACCUUCAAAAUCCGCCUCUCACCUGCGGCCACACUCCCAAAACAACUAUCAGCAGCAGCGAGUCUCGAUGUCAGGCAUGGAUCUUCUCAAGCAACUCGAGCAAGAAAAGGCUGAUCUCAAGCGACAGAAGCCCAAGCUUAACACAUCCGAUGUCAAGAUUGAAGGCCUCCUGGGCCGUCUUCCCGAACCAGGAUCACAUAACAUCUCAUUCCAGCAAAUCCAGCAACAGCAGAAUGGGAUGCGCAAGUCUCGAUCAGGCCAGCGUCCAGUAUCCUCAUAUGGAUACCUCGACAUGCCUCAGCAACACCAACCCUCGUCUCGUUCUCCUUCUCCCUCAUCUGGUCGCAACCAGAUGAUGUACAGUCCACAACCAGGUUAUGUUGCAGCUGGUAAUGCAUAUCAAUACGGAUACCUUCCACCCACCGGUGUUCCAUAUGACUAUUUAUCUACCUCUCCCAAUGGAGCAGCCUAUCCUCGCGCACCAACACCAACUGGUGGUCAACAACCUAUAUAUCAGCAGUACGCAGCUCCUUAUCAACAACAGCCACAGUGUAAUUAUUAA